AUGGGGGUUUGCGGAGUUGGGAGCGGUUCAACGGUUUGGUUGGCUGUUGGGUUGGUGACGUUGGGCGACGGCGAUGUUUUGGGUGGUUCGAGGAGAAAGGCCGCCGUCAUUGACUCGAUCCGCAGAUAUCAAUACGACGACCUCGUUGAUCGUUCCAACAAACCUCCGCUGGUCUCUUCGACUUUGGUUCACUUCCAUCCAUGUCCCAGCGUGGUAUCUUUGUGCAUUGACGACUCUUCUGUUUCCCUCCCUCAAACUACUUUCGAUGUAUGUCGAUGCAGAUACAAAAAAAAAACCCAGAAGCAAAAGCAAGUGCUUGGCCUAUGCCUCAGCUGCCACCAUCUUCAGGUUUAA